GGAUGUAAACCCUAAAGUUGCCCUUCUCUUGUAACUAAAAAUAAGCAGAGAUAUAAAACCCUAAAUCAACCCCAUUCUUCCUCUCUCGUCAUUUUGGUUGUUCUAGUUUUAGGGUUUUCAUUUUCUCUCUCAUCAGCCGUCGUCAGUCUUAACAAUGGCCAAGAGAACCAAGAAGGUUGGUAUUGUCGGGAAAUAUGGUACCCGUUAUGGUGCUAGUUUGCGUAAGCAGAUUAAGAAGAUGGAAGUCAGUCAGCACAGCAAGUACUUCUGUGAGUUCUGCGGAAAGUAUGCCGUGAAGAGGAAGGCUGUUGGCAUCUGGGGAUGCAAGGACUGCGGGAAGGUCAAGGCUGGUGGUGCUUACACAUUGAACACCGCCAGUGCAGUGACCGUGAGAAGUACAAUCAGAAGGUUGAGGGAGCAAACCGAGAGUUAAAUCUUUCAUAGCUUUUGUUUCCAGAAAGUAGAAAUUUUGUAUUUUCUAUAAUUAAAGGUGUUGUUUGGAUCAUUGUUUUUGAACCGCUUGACAAGUUUGUCUCUAGAGGCUAAACCAUUUCCGGAGUUUUGGGUUUAUCAUCACCUGUGUCUGUUUGCAUUGCCUGAAUGUUGUUAAUUUAGACAUUUGUUUCUGCAUUA